GGCAGCCCACUGCUCAAUGCACCAGUAGCACCAGUGACACCCAUUCUCGACACAACGUAGAUGAAGGAGUCUGCAAUGCUACACAGCAACUUCAUGCGCUUCUCACUGGUCGCGGGAGCGAUCAAUGGCACAUACGAGAGCCCGUAGGUUGUGCAGUGAUGUCUAAAGCGAACAGCCUCCUCUGGCGGAAGAUCAACCAUGAUGAAGCCAUUGACGCCUGCAGCCUUUGCAUCCUGAAGCAUGCGCUCUUCUCCAUAUGCAAGCAAAGGAUUGUAGUAUCCCAUCAACAGUACCGGCGCUGAAAGGCCUCGACUCCUCGCAUCUCUUACGAUCUGAAGGCAGUGUUUUGUCGUGGUGCCAUUUGCCAAUGCUUGUGUGUUUGCCGUCUGGAUGGUUGGUCCGUCUGCGAUUGGGUCUGUGAAAGGUGUGCCGAGUUCGAUCACAUCUGCUCCGCCUGCUUCCAUGGAAAGCAGAAUGUCUGGAGUCUCAGCGAUUGUGGGAUAGCCGGCGGUGGUAUAUGUCACCAAUGCCGGCCUGCCCUCGCUUUUGGCCCUAGCAAAGGCCUUUCGAAUGCCGUCCGCCAUGUUUGCGGUUUUGCAGCGGCGGGCUCAGCCGUCUAGGAUGUCAGAAAUGUGGACCGAUGGACGAGUGCGGCAGACUUCAGCCGGAUCGGGAGGUGAGAGAUUUGUGAGAGUCGAAGGAAAAGAGGUGCUCACGGUCAAUGGCACAGACUUAUGUAUUACUGUAGCAGCCGAUGCAGGGUUCAAUGAAGUCUUGGCACGAGAUCUUGAUCCCUCUCAUUAUCAUCUCACUAUUAAACUCUCUUUCCUCUAUGACUCACCCCGCUAA